AUGGGCUUUCAGGACCUUGUGACUCAAGUUGGCAGCCUGGGGAGGUUCCAGAUCCUUCACAUGGUUUUUGUAUUGAUGUGCAAUGCCAUGGUGGUUCCUCAAACUCUUCUGGAGAACUUUACUGCAGCCAUCCCUGGUCAUCGUUGCUGGGUCCCCAUCCUUGACAAUGACACUGUCUCUGACAAUGAUAGUGGGAUCCUGAGCCAAGAUGACCUCCUGAGAGUCUCCAUCCCACUGGACUCCAACCUGAGGCCAGAGAAGUGUCUUCGCUUUGUUCAACCACAGUGGCAUCUUCUUCAUCUGAAUGGCACCUUCUCCAGUGUGACAGAGCCAGACACAGAGCCCCGUGUGGGUGGCUGGGUGUAUGACCAAAGCACCUUCCUUUCCACCACUGUGACCCAGUGGGACCUGGUGUGUGGCUCUCAAGCACUGAAUUCGGUGGCUAGAUUUAUAUUCAUGGUUGGAAUUUUUACAGGACAUAUCAUAGGUGGCCAUUUAUCAGACAGGUUUGGAAGGAAGUUUGUUUUCACAUGUGCUUUACUUCUAAUGGCUAUCACUGGGACUUGUGUAGCUUUGGCUCCCACCUUCCUCAUCUACUGCUCACUUCGAUUCCUCACAGGGAUCUCUUCCUCAUCCAUAAGAACAAACAGUGUUUUACUCAUAUUAGAAUGGACAAGCCCUAAAUUCCAAGCUAUGGUAAUGGCUUUGGCAAUUUGUGCUGGGGGGAUUGGACAGGUAAUGUUGGGAAGCCUGGCUUUUGGUAUUCGAAACUGGCACCACCUCCAGCUGGCAAUGUCUGUACCAGUGUUCUUCCUCCUUAUUCCCACAAGGUGGCUGUCAGAGUCAGCUCGGUGGCUGAUUGUGACCAACAAACCCCAGAAAGGCUUAAAGGAACUUAGAAAAACUGCACAAAUGAAUGGAAUAGAGAGUUCUGGAGAUGUCCUAACCAUAGAGGUUGUGAGAACCGCAAUGAAGGAUGAGCUAGAGUCAGCCCAGACAAAACCUUCCCCACUGGACCUGUUCUAUAUACCCAACUUGCGCAAGCAGAUCUGCCUCCUAUCCUUUGUGAGGUUUGUGUCAUUAAUAUCUGUUUUAGGUCUGCUCUUCCACCUCCAAUACCUGAGCAGUAAUGUGUUCCUACAGCAGUGUCUCUAUGGUGUGGUGUCCAUCCCAGCCAAUGUUCUUGGAAAAUUUUCAAUGAACUACAUGGGCCGCAGAAUAACCCAACUGAUUUUCAUGUCUCUGUUUGGAAUCUCCAUUCUGGUCACCAUAUUUUUGCCUCAAGAAUUUCAGGCCCUGCGUACAAUUUUGGUAACAUUGGGAAGAGCAAUUUCUUCUGCCGCUAUGACGAGUACUCUUGUGCAUGCAAAUGAGCUAGUCCCUACCGUAAUAAGGGCAACUGCUUUAGGAGUCGUUGGAAUUGCUGGUAGUGCUGGGGCAGCCCUGUCUCCCCUGUUUAUGAUCCUCACGACAUACUCUGCCUCCUUGCCCUGGAUCAUCUAUGGGGUCCUCCCUAUCAUCAAUGGCCUCUUUGCCCUUUUCCUUCCUGAGACCAGGAAUCAGCCUCUGCCUGACUUUAUCCAAGAUGUGGAAAAUGAGAGGAAAAGCUCAAAAGAGGCAAAAAAGGAUGCUGUUGCCAAAGUGACACCAUUUUAAAGAACUCCAACAACUGACCUCUGAUCAAGGACAAAGAUUAAGAAAAAUAUAAUUCAAGAUAUUAUGGCCAAGGAUCAUUCCUUGGUAUUAGCGAUUUUUUUCCCAUAUAAGCCUUAUGUAUAAAUAGUGAGUUAAAUUAAAAUUAUACCACUUAACAUGUAUAAA